AUGAUAUUGGUGGCGUUCAAAGCUGGUCGCACAGAUGUGUUCCACCUGCCAUCGACCACCUCUUUCAAGUUAAAAACUGGUGAUUUGGUGAUUGUUGAAGCGGAUCGUGGCCGUGAUCUUGGUAAAGUUCUUAGACUCGAUGUCUCCCUUGAUGAGGCUCGCUUGUUGAAUGGUGGUACUGCUCAAGCUCCAGUGCCAACCUUACACUAUCCCAAGCCAAUCUUAAGAUUUGCCAUGCCAAAUGAAGCUUGUCAAAUUAUAAGUAAACAAGCAGAUGAGGAAAAGGCACAAAAGGUUUGUGCUUCAAAAGUUUCAUCUUUCAAAUUAGAAAUGCGCGUUGUUGACGCCGAGUACCAGUGGGAUCGCAGGAAAUUAACCCUUUAUUAUGCAGCUUCUCAUAGAAUCGAUUUCAGAGAGUUGGUAAGAGAGUUGUUCAGGAUUUACAAGACACGUAUCUGGAUGUGUGCUGUUGUAUCUAACCAUCAAGAA